AUAACCUUACGUUUUUGUUUUCCUUAAAAUUUUAUAUAUUUUUAAAAUUGCUGCAAAAGUUUUUGUAGUAAUACAUACAUCUCGUCCUCAUUCAUCUCUUCUAUUUUUAUUCUCAAAAAUAAGAGCCCUACACUUCCCAUUCAUCCGUAUCUCUUUUAUUGAAUUUUUGGUCAAAUUUUCCUCAUUUGAGUGUCUCAUAUUUGGAAUCUUUGGCUAAAAUAAUUUUUCUCUCUUUUUAUUUCCUUGUAACAGAUUCAAUUUUGUUCAUCAGGUGGUUAAUUGUGUAUUAAGAUCUGUUAUAUUUUUAUUUAUCUCUGUGUUCAAUGGGCGCAUUAGAUGAAGGGCACUAUCAUUCAGAAAUAGAGAAUGAAGUAAAUCUUGAGCUUGGCUUUGAGGUUCAGCCUGAAACUGUUGCUAUUAAGGAUGCUGUAAAAGUCCUUUUGCAAGGUUUGGGUGAAGAUAUUAAUAGGGAAGGCAUUAAAAAAACUCCUUUUCGUGUUGCUAAGGCUCUUCGUGAAGGAACUAGAGGUUACAAACAAAAAGUGAACGAUAUUGUUCAUGGCGCUUUAUUCCCUGAAGCUGGAUUGGAAGGUGGAAGUGGUCAGGCUGGAGGAGUUGGUGGGCUUGUGAUUGUUCGAGAUCUUGAUCUCUUCUCAUACUGUGAGUCUUGCUUGCUCCCGUUCCAGGUCAAGUGUCAUGUAGGUUAUGUUCCCUCGGGACAAAGGGUUGUAGGACUAAGCAAGCUCUCUCGGGUGGCUGAUAUUUUUGCAAAACGGCUCCAAAGUCCACAGCGCCUUGCCAAUGAAAUUUGUGCUGGUUUGCAGAAUGGAAUUAAGCCAACAGGUGUUGCUGUGGUUCUACAGUGUUCACAUAUUCAUUUCCCAAAUUUCGAAACAGCCUUUCUCGACUCGACUCCCCAAGGAUGGGUAAAGAUAUUAGUCACCUCAGGUUCUGGUGUUUUUGAGGAUGAAAAAGCUGAUGUUUGGACUGAUUUUUUAAGUCUUCUGAAAUUCAGAGGUAUCAGCAUAGAAAGUGCCCACCCAAGGCUCUCCGACCAAUCAUGGUGCCCGUCUCAAUCUUGUGGCAGGUUGGGACAAGCAAAUUCAGCUAUAACAAAUGCAGUGCUUUCGAUACUCAAGUCUCUGGGCGAAGACCCGUCAAGGGAAGAGCUUGUAGGAACACCAUCUCGGUUCGUGAAGUGGUUCAUGAAUUUUAGUAAUUCGAAUUUGGAGAUGAAACUGAAUGGCUUUGUUCGAAGUAGAAUAGAUACUCGAAUUCAUCCUGGUCAGGUUGGUAGUUUCAAAGAUGGUAUCUGCUCUGAGCUCAAUUUAUCGUUUUGGUCCCAGUGCGAACAUCAUCUACUUCCUUUUCAAGGUGUUGUGCACAUUGGUUAUUACUCUUUGGAUGGACUGAAUCCAGUUGGAAGAGCGCUAUUGCAAUCAGUAGUACACUUUUAUGGCUUUAAACUCCAAGUACAGGAAAGACUUACAAGGCAGAUAGCUGAGACUGUUUCAUCGCUCUUAGGUGAAGACAUAAUAGUAGUCGUGGAAGCAAAUCACACCUGUAUGAUAUCUAGAGGAAUUGAGAAGUUUGGAAGCAACACGGCCACAUUUGCUGUUUUGGGUCGAUUUUCCACUGAUCCUGCUGCAAGAGCAAAGUUUUUGCAGAGCCUCCCAGAUUCUUGUUCUGCAGGAAAAUAGCGUCUUGACUGAAAGGAAAUAUACAGGUUACAGCAAGUAGGUACUUGUCCUUUCAAUGGCUCGGGUAAAACUGGAGGAAUUGAGAAGCAAACUCACACUGAAUUUGAAAACAUAGGUCCUUUGCUCGGAAUGCAAGGUCCUGUUUUUGACUUCUAUACCAUAGUGAUAUAUGAGGUGAUGAAUUUUUAUCCAUAUUUUUUCCAUCCUUAUAUUUUGUAGCAUGAGCAAGGGUCCAUACCAGCAACCUUCCAAAGUUGCCCUUGAUUCUUUUUCCAAUGCAGUUGCCCUUGAUUGAAGUGUCAUACUUGGCACAUUGCGCCGUAUAGCUUAUACAUGAUGUUUUCCUAUCUUUUCUGCAACAUUAAUUUUACUGAAGUUCUGUUUGAAUUCAUCCAGUAUGAUGUUUUUGAUUAGGCAUUUCAGUAUGAUGUGAAUCAGAGUUUUUCCUUGUCUA